AUCAAUGGUCUUUACCACGCUUUGUCACCAGCUGAUGAGGCCGUAGAUACCUUGUUGAAUGUUGUUUAGUUGUCAAAAGUGCGAACGAGUAACGAACUUUCUUCAUUUCAUCUCGCAUUUUCAACGAAAAUAGUUGAAAAUGGGCUCACUAACCAGCAGACAAAAUGCUGGUGUCGAAGAAGUCGACAUAGUUUCAAACCAUGCCUACAAAUAUCCUCCGCGUUCGGGCAGUUAUUUUGGAAGCCACUUUAUAAUGGGUGGUGAGAGGUUCGAUACACCUCAACCGGAAGCUUACCUUUUCGGAGAAAAUGCUGAUUUAAAUUUCCUCGGAAGUAGGCCAACUCCGUUUCCAUAUCCUCCGCCUCAAGCCAACGAUCCAACAAAGACUCUGAAAAGUCUGGUUAACAUACGGAAGGAAUCACUACGGCUAGUGCGUAUCAUAGACCAAACAUCAACUUCGUCGCAACACCAUAAUAGUAAGCAUUACGGAGAUGGAGAUACCGACUAUAAACCUACCAGGUUUAACAUAGAAUUUACUUUCGACUGUGACGUUAGAUGUGCCAUAACGGUUUAUUAUUUUUGUACUGAGGAUGUAACCGCUAAUGGAGUUGUGUAUAUACCUCGAGAUCCUUCGAUGAAUUCUGAGACAUAUCAUUAUAAAAAGGGUACUAAUCAACAGUUCAGCCAAUCGUCUCAUAUUUUUGAUCCAACUCUAUACAACGAGGAAGAUUUAGUAUACAAUCCAGACAGAGAGGUCAUUCCAAUCGCAAUUCACUGCGUUGCAGAGGAGGGAACGGAGGAGCCAAAACAGUCUCAUACUACUAUCGCUGUUAUAGAAAAACAUUCCGAUGGAUCGUACGUGUUAAAAGCAUUGAAACAAAAGCUAUACGUAGAUGGCCUUUGUUAUCUAAUUCAAGAAAUUUACGGCAUUGAAAAUAAGAACAGCGAAAAUGCUAAGCAACAAGGAAGCGAUGAAGAUACUGAAGAUAGUGGAUCUGAAUGCGUUAUAUGCAUGUGUGACGUACGUGAUACAUUGAUUCUACCUUGUAGGCACUUGUGCCUGUGUAAUGGGUGUGCGGACUCGUUACGGUAUCAGGCAAAUAAUUGUCCUAUAUGUCGAGCACCUUUCAGGGCUUUGUUGCAAAUUAAAGCUUUGCAGAAAGCGACUGGGGCAAUACUGUCCAAUCCGCCACUGGCUGAGGGUAGUUGUGAAAAUAUACCACCUGGCUAUGAGGCAGUAUCGCUCAUAGAAGCUUUGAAUGGCCCUUAUACACCAAGAGCAACGGUCCUACCAAUUGAGUCCCUGGAUACUCCUGACACAGACACAGCCAGUGCUAUUCAAGCUGCUGAAAUUUUAAAUCGAUCAGCUGAGCGUACGCCAGUUUCGAAACAUGCAUCUCCAAAAGAUACGGAGAAGUCACCAAGAACUAGUGGUAUGCCUUGUGCAACACCCGAGUUCCGAAUGUCUGUUCUACUUGCAAGGGAUGAAAUUUCUGGUUCUCAAAAAGAUCUUCGCAGUCGUUCUCCAGUUGCACGAGCCAAAGUAAUUAGUCGUCCACGUGACAAAACGGCCCUUCGUACAAGAGACACAUUAAGACUCGUUAAUGAGAAGCAAUCAACUGCUAUCGAUGAGGGACAAGAUGAUGAUAGUGAAGCAGAGAAACUAUCUCCUUUAUUGGACGCAGUUACAAGCACAGAAGCAUUGGAUACUAGUCUUCAUCCGAUGCAUAACAUAGAGCCUAUAGAUGAUUUGGAUAUCGAUGACGAAUUGCAAGUAGAAAACGGAAGUGUGAAGAACGUGGAUCGUACUAAUGAGAAAAAUUUACACUAAGUUUAAAACUUGUUACCACAAACUCGUUAAACAGUCGAACAAUAAUGAUACCUACAUCUUUCGUUGGCAAAAAAGUUUCAAAGUGCAAUUCAUCUGUCAGAUGUAUUCUUUUAACUUUCAAAGUUAAAUGCAGGUAGCCUAGGGCAGCUUGAACAGUUGUGUUAUAAAAUUGGGCCAUACAUUCCCUUAAUAUUGUAUUUUUCAAAUUUUAAUUAGGUAAUUAGGUACUUUCUAAUCAUUUUACUAACAAAGUAUUUUAGUGAACUAUAUUUCCAAUUUUUGGAUAUUUUUUGUUAAAUUUAUUCCUGUACAUAAUUUACAAUUGAUAACUUUAUGGACGCGUAAUCUCACUCAACUUUUAUUUUCUAUGACGUUACUGAUUUGUAAUGAGUUACGUAGGAUAUGGCGUUCUAAUCAUUUGUAAAAUAAAUUCUUAAAAUCACAG